CAAUAACCAAGCUAUUUUUCAAACCAAAACUCUGCUUUUUUGUGGGGUUUCCUUUGUUGUUGCCCCCACACCCUUAUCAUCAUCUGAACCAGGGAAAACCAAUUUUGAAACCAAAAAAAAAAAAAAAAAAAAAUAGAAAAGAAGAAAGAGCUCAUCAUCAUCAUCAAUCUCUUCUCUUCAUUCCCUUUAUAUAAAGCAAAAAAAGAAAAAAGAAACCCAUCUUUUUUUUCUUUUUCUUUUCUUGGUCCCUCAUUUCUCAAAUCUUAAGCUUUGGUUGAUUGGCUUUGGUUGGCAUUUCCUUCUUCAGUUUUUCCGAGGAUUAGGAGAAAAGAGAGGGAAAAAACGAAUAAGGGUAGGAGGAAAUGGCGACAAGAGGGAGUAGAUCAGAGAAGGUGAAGAGGAUUUUUCAGCAAUUCGAUAACAACCGUGAUGGGGGUCUUAACAGAGAUGAAAUGGCAGCGUUGGUCGUCGCCGUUAACCCCAGAGUCAAAUUCAGCGACGAACAACUCAACGCUAUUCUCGACGAAGUCUUCCGGACCUACGGGGAGUUCAUUGACGGCGAAAAGGGGUUAACUUAUGACGGCUUGUUGAGAACUUACGACGAUGGAGCCGGUGACGUUGACCGUGACUUCGAUGCGCUAGGUCUCGAGCUCUAUCCCGAUGAAAACAAAGGCGCAUCCAUCGUCUCCGAAGCAUCUUCUUCGUCGAUUGCGGAUGAGAGAGUAACGGAGUCACAGAGGAAGCAACGGACGACGGCGUGGGCCGGGUCACCGCACCACGAGAUAGUUUUCGACGACACGUGGAAGCUGGUGGACGAAUUGGAGAUCUUGUUGAAGAGAUUGCAAGCAAAACAAGCAAAAACUGGGAAAUUUAAAAGCGACAAUUUUGAUGCGUAUUCGGAUGCGGGGUGGUCGAGGGAACUAGGACCCUCUGCAGAGCUUUCAGAAAAAAGGGUAUAUUGGGAAGAAACGGGUCCUGAUUAUGGCAUUUUUGUCAAGGAAUUGGGAGCUUUAAGGAGUAGAGCUGAUGGGGCAAGGUCAAGAGAAGAAGCAUUUGAUGGACAAAUGGCGAUUGGGAGGGUUUUAUAUGAGCAUCAGUUGUUUAAAGAAGCUUUGAUUAGUUUCAAAAGGUCUUGCGAAUUGCAGCCAAUGGAUGUGAGGCCACAUUUUAGAGCUGGUAAUUGUUUGUAUGUGUUAGGGAAGUACAAAGAAGCUAAAGAAGAGUUUUUGUUGGCCUUGGAAGCAGCUGAGGCAGGUGGGAAUCAAUGGGGUUAUUUGCUUCCUCAAAUUUAUGUCAAUCUUGGGAUUGCUCUCGAAGGAGAAGGUAUGGUUUUAAGUGCUUGUGAGUAUUAUAGAGAGGCUGCCAUCCUUUGUCCCACGCAUUUUAGAGCUUUGAAACUUUUGGGUAGUGCUCUUUUCGGGGUUGGAGAGUAUAGGGCAGCUGCAAAGGCUUUAGAAGAGGCUAUUUUCAUGAAACCAGAUUAUGCUGAUGCACAUUGUGAUUUGGGAUCAGCUUUGCAUGCUCUGGGUGAAGAUGAGAGGGCAAUUGAGGUUUUCCAGAAAGCUAUUGACUUGAAACCUGGUCAUGUUGAUGCUUUAUACAAUCUAGGUGGGCUUUAUAUGGACUUGGGUAGGUUCCAGAGAGCUUCUGAGAUGUACACUAGGGUUUUAGCGGUGUGGCCGAAUCAUUGGCGGGCACAGCUCAAUAAGGCUGUUUCUUUGUUGGGAGCUGGAGAAACUGAAGAAGCUAAGAAAGCUUUGAAGGAGGCUUUGAAAAUGACAAACAGGGUUGAAUUACACGAUGCCAUUUACCAUUUGAAACAGCUGCAGAAGAAGAAGGUAAAGAGUAAUGGUGGUGGCAAUGGAGAAGGGGCUUUUGUAAUAGUGGAGCCAUCAAAAUUCAAGACUGUGGGUGAGAAGACUACAUUGAGGCAAGAUUUAGGAAGUGCUAUUCAAAUUAGGGCUUUCCAGAGAAUUACAAGAUUGAGCCGUUGCAACGUAGAUCUUUUGAAGAAGGAAAUGAAUGAAAUUGAUGUACCAGUCACCUACUCUGGUGGUGGAGGUCCUCAGAAAUCCAUUCGUAAGCCUAAUUUGGAAGGAAUUCUACGCAGAUUACUUAGUUUUCUAAAACCUGAAACCUUUCAAGGAGCUGUCAAAGCUAUAAAUGAGAGAAUCCUCUCUGUCUUGGAUGAAACAGGAUCAGGCAGGGUGGACUUGGGCAUGUUUUAUGCUGUUCUUGCUCCCAUUUGUAAUGGACCUCCAAAUAAACGAAAAAGGAUUGCCUUUGAUGCACUCUUAUGGCGGCCAGUAAAUGAGGGUAGUUCUCAGAUUAGAAAGGUGGAUGCUGUACAGUACAUCAAAUGGUUGAGGGCUAUUUAUGUUCCUUCUCAUGGAAUUAGUGAAAUCCUGGAAGUUCAUGGAGAAACAGAUUCCUCAAUGGUAUCUUUCAGUGAAUUUCUUACCAUGUUCGAUGAUCCUGAUUGGGGAUUUGGUAUCAUGUCCACUCUGUUGAAGUUAGAAAAUGGAGAUAGGAACCGUCAUGGGCGCCGGGUUUGUGCAGUUUGCCGUUACCCAGUUAUUGGUUCUCGCUUUAGGGAAGUGAAGUCUCAUUUUAGUCUAUGUAAUCAAUGCUACAGUGAGGGAAAAGUUCCCCCUAGCUUUAAACAGGAUGAAUAUAAAUUCAAAGAGUAUGGAAGUGAAGCCGAAGCGAUGAAAGAUAAGUGCAUGUACUUUACUUUGCAAUCCCACAAAUCUCCGUAACUAGUUGGUUUAUAGUCAUUUUACUCAUCAUGUACCAUUCCAUUGUGUUAUUUUAGUCAUCCAGUGUGCAUUGUGCAAUAUAUAGUUUCAUCCAAAUGUGUUCAGUGAGCAUCAUGCUCAUGUACAAUAAACCGUUUUCAAGCGCCCGGAUUCUUAACAGUUGCUGUAGAGAUCAUUUUUUAACUGUUCAAUGUAUCAUCAUCUUCUGCUUUGUUUAUGGUAAUGCUGGAUUUGUUUGGAGA